AUGGCCAAGAUUCCAUUUGAAAAUAUGGGUUGCAUUCUAACAAUCUAUCUUCUUUUCGGCAUAAUGUUCUCAACAAAUGCUCAAUUUGUUGAGAAGACUUAUCUCAUUCAAAUGGAUAAGUCAGCAAUGCCAAAAACCUUCUCCAAUCACCUUGAAUGGUAUUCUUCAAAAGUGAAAUCAGCACUGUCCACAUCUCUAGAAGCUGAUAUGGACAAUGAAGAAAGAAUAAUUUACACUUACCAGAAUGCUUUUCAUGGAGUUGCAGCCAAAUUGAGUGGAGAAGAAGUUGAGAAGCUAGAGGCUGAAGAAGGUGUUGUGGCCAUAUUCCCUGAUACAAAGUAUGAGCUACACACAACAAGAAGUCCCAAGUUCCUUGGGCUUGAAACAGCACAAAGCACUAACAUCUGGUCAGAAAAACUAGCUGACUAUGAUGUUAUAGUGGGAGUGUUAGACACUGGAAUUUGGCCAGAGAGUGAAAGCUUCAAUGAUACUGGCAUGAAACCAGUACCUGCUCACUGGAAAGGUGCCUGUGAGAUAGGACCAGGCUUCAGAAAACAUCACUGCAAUAAAAAGAUUGUGGGGGCAAGAGUGUUCUACCAUGGAUAUGAAGCAGCAACUGGUAAAAUUAAUGAGCAAAAAGAGUAUAAAUCACCAAGAGAUCAAGUUGGUCAUGGCACUCACACUGCAGCUACAGUUGCUGGCUCUCCUGUGCUUGGGGCUAACCUUCUAGGCUAUGCUUAUGGCACAGCAAGAGGAAUGGCACCAAGAGCAAGAGUUGCAGCUUACAAAGUCUGUUGGAUUGGUGGGUGCUUCAGCUCAGAUAUUCUGUCAGCUAUUGAUAAAGCUGUAGCUGAUGGAGUGAAUGUUUUAUCCAUCUCUUUAGGUGGUGGAGUCUCCUCUUAUUACCAUGAUAGUUUAUCUGUAGCUGCAUUUGGAGCAAUGGAGAGGGGUGUUUUUGUUUCAUGUUCUGCUGGAAAUGCUGGACCUGACCCUGUUAGCAUCACCAAUGUGUCACCUUGGAUCACAACAGUGGGAGCCAGCACAAUGGAUAGAGAUUUUCCUGCAGAUGUUAAGCUUGGGAAUGGACAAAAUGUUACUGGAGUUUCACUCUAUAAAGGGCAAGGUAUGCCAUCAAUUAAGAAACAAUACCCUUUGGUAUACUUGGGCAGUAACUCAAGCAGCCUUGAUCCAAGAUCUCUGUGCUUGGAAGGGACUUUGAAUCCUCAAGUGGUUUCAGGAAAGAUUGUAAUUUGUGACAGAGGCCUUAGUCCUAGAGUGCAAAAGGGUCAUGCGGUGAAAAGUGCAGGAGGGGUGGGAAUGAUUCUUACAAAUACUGCAGCUAAUGGAGAAGAGUUGGUUGCAGAUUGUCACCUUCUUCCAGCAGUUGCAAUAGGAGAGAAAGAAGGGAAGGAGCUCAAACAUUUUGUCUUAACAAAUAAAAAUGCCACUGCAACUCUAGAUUUUCUUGGAACAAGGUUGGGGAUUAGACCAUCUCCUGUUGUAGCAGCAUUUUCAUCAAGAGGGCCUAAUUUUCUCACCCUUGAAAUUCUGAAGCCUGAUUUAGUAGCUCCUGGGGUGAACAUUCUUGCUGCGUGGAGUGAAGUCAUUGGUCCAUCAAGUUUGCCAACAGACCAAAGGAGAGUGAAGUUCAAUAUACUCUCUGGAACUUCAAUGUCAUGCCCACAUGUGAGUGGGAUAGCAGCAUUGCUCAAGGCUAAGCACCCAGAAUGGAGUCCAGCAGCUAUAAAAUCUGCCUUGAUGACAACAGCUCAUGUUUAUGACAACACCAUGAACCCUCUAAGAGAUGCCUCAACUGCUGAACCUUCAAGUCCUUAUGAUCAUGGUGCUGGACACAUUAACCCCAUUAGUGCUCUUGACCCAGGUUUAGUCUAUGACAUUGAGCCACAGGAUUACUUUGAAUUCUUAUGCACACAGAAGCUAACUCCAACUCAGCUUGGAGUUUUUGCCAAAUACUCAAACAGAUCUUGUAAACACUCUCUUGCCAAUCCAGGGGACUUGAACUACCCAGCAAUAUCAUUAGUGUUUCCUGAGAAAACUUCCAUUUCAGUUUUAACAGUUCAUAGAACUGUCACCAAUGUUGGCCCUCCUGUUUCUAAAUACCAUGUUGUGGUGUCACCAUUCAAAGGUGCUUCUGUUAAAGUUGAGCCAGAAACCUUGAAUUAUACCAGAAAAAACCAGAAGCUAUCUUACAAGGUUACCUUCACAACAAAGUCUCGGCAAAAAACACCUGAAUUUGGAGCUCUGGUAUGGAAGGAUGGUGUGCACAGUGCGAGAAGCCCCAUUGUGAUAACAUGGCUGCAACCAAUAUGAAUUUCACCGGGUCUACUUACAAGUUCAGUAGUAUGUCUUUAUUGCAAUAGACAAAUCUUCUGUAC